UUCUAUGGCGACAUGGAGAUUCUGGCUUACUUCUUCGGUCCCAUCGGUUUCCUGCUCGCGGUGAAUCUGCUAUUUUUCGCAGCGACCGCCCGCGAGCUGACGUGCGGCCUGUGGAAGGGUGAAUUCGUGAAGAGCACCACGGAACGAGCCGCACUGGGCCGCGUGUGCAUGAAACUCGUGGUGGUGAUGGGCGUCACUUGGGUGGCUGACGUGGUCUCGUGGGCAGUCGGUGGUCCUCAAUACAUCUGGUACUUCACCGACAUGAUAAACGCGUUCCAGGGCGUGCUGAUCUUCGCGGUGGUUGGCUGCCAGCCGCAAGUCCGCGCCGCAUUGAAGAGGAUCUGCAACAGGAACCCGAGGACCAACGCUGGAAGACAGGGAAACGGACUGAGCACCACCAGCCACGGGAUGCCCAGCAUGGGCGACAGCGUCAUUCAGAAUCCGAGCACGAAGACAGCUCCGCUGGAAACCAUCUGCUAAGCGACUUCUCCGACCUGCCGGUUCCGACAAUCGAGAUCCUCUGACGGCACGCCUCGCUCGCCGUCUCGCUGUCGGUCAGUUUCACUGGCAAACGGGGAGGAAACGAGACGGGGGACUCGGUUCGACGAAGAGAAGUCGGAAGCGCGUGCUCGGAAGGAGGAUGAUUCUCGAGUCUCGCGUAACACGUGAAACAGAACGAAAUUCGCGGAAGAACACAAAGUAUACGAAGCGAAACGACGUCGCGUUGAUGGAUCGAAAAGAGGAGCAGGAAGUUUCUCUCGUCUCUUCGUAUCGUUGGACCGUAGUAAUUCAUGACAGGUUACUAAAAUCCGGAGCGUUGAUUUUAUCUUGCAUUUAUCUUGUUCUAUUUCUGCGGAAGAGAUUAAUUGUGAUAGAAUUCGUUAAAUAAAAAAAUUCUAAAUCGUUGUCAUACCAGUCCAACGAUACCAGUCAAGAAUUAAUAUACGAUCAUCUUCAAAGGAGACGGAAAAAAGCUUCUAAUAUAUAUAUAUAUAUAUACAGUACACACUGUUUGUGUCCGAUUCGCGUUGGAGGGUCGACGACCUCGAGGCCGUGAACUUGAAACGUAACCGGACUUCCCCGUUCCGAAUGACAUCGCGAACGCUGUCCGCGAGUGGGUAGGCACCGACUCGCGUCGAAAAUCCUCUCCUGCUAAUGAGCGGGGUCGUCGACCUUGGAAGAAGAAGUACAGUUCGCUAAGAACGCGUUCGCUCGCCGCAGACACAGCUGCCACGUGGUCCCUGCGGGCUGAACGCGGUGGAAAGCAGCAGAACGCGCGAGCCUGUCACUUUGAAUAGUUUAUUGUCUCGACAGAGAGUACAAUGGAGAGCAGAGAAAACAACGCGAAGCGACAAAUAUUCAUAGAGAAGACCCGUCCUGGUUCGAGUCCCCUCUCGAGGGAGAGCCGUGUUUCCCCGCGACUCUCCAGUGGUCCAGCUUUCACCUCGCCUCUCGUCGGAUCUCCAGUUAUCGUUGCAAUUUGUAGCUCGCUCCACCCUUUGAGUUGCUCGUCCAUCCGUGUUUUUCAUCUUGCUAUAACGACGAUCCGACGCGAGAGCUUUUUGUUGCCCGUUGUCACCAAUCGUGCGCAAGGUCGUCGAAUCAACGCACGCAGGGAGCAGUCGGUCGAUCGAUCAUGCACUGAUGAGCAAAGUUAACGAGAUGAUGCGAGACACGUUAUUUCGGUGUAAAGAAACAUUCGAUCGGCGCCAGACGAGGCCGAUCACAAGCGAAAUUUUCGCGCGACAGUAAGGACGAUCAUCGAUAUUAAUACGUCGUCGUCUCUUUUUCCUCGUUCUUUUUUUUCCCCCUUUUUUUUUUCACAAGUAAAACGACUCGCCGCUUCCACGUCGUUGUUCGCUCGACAUUCCGCCCUUCGCAGCCACGUCCAUAUUACGAACGAUACGACGCGUCGAGACCGUGAAAAAUUUCCCGAUAAACGGAACGACAAGGCGUAACGCGUCCGAUGGGCGACCUUGACCCAUGUUCGCGAGCACGCGUCGAGUGGAUCCCGAGCUUUCUUCCGUGGCUUGUCCUUCAUUAUUCAUCGAGCGUGCCUGGGUGCCACGAGCGAUCGCUCUUCAAUUUUCUUUAGCAUAAAUUUGCAUCGGCCGAUUACGAUCGGUGGCUACCAUUAACGCGUCGCAUUAGGGGCCUUUGAGAAGCCUUCUCCAAAUAUUAGGUUGUGCGGUAAGUAGACUAUGGAUUUUUAUGCAUUUAUGGAAAUCUUUAAAGUAGCAGUGCAGAGAAUGCGCAUAGUAUGAAAGAAUAUUUAAUACGUAAACUAAUUUUUUUCUUCUUUCUUGUCUUGUCCGUUGUAUUCUCAAUAUAUAUGAAUUUGCAUAAAAAUCCGCAGUCUAGCAAGUUCGUUCGCUCAUCAAUGGUAGAGUUUGGAGAAUAGAAUGUUUGUAAAAACGUUGCUUGCGUCACUUGCAGUAAGCAAUGUAAAACAAUUAACAUAGGUAAACUUCAGUUUAAAUGUUGUUUAAAUAUUGAAAACAGUCGUAAUGAACCCUUAGUAAAAGAAUUGUUUCUUACUAUACAAACAGAUUUCUGUCCAUUAGACAAGGAAAAUACAGAAUUUACGGUAGUAUUGAUAGUAUUCACGUAUUUAUUAUAUCACACUAAUUGUUUCAGUGUUUGGAUAAUCGUGCAAUAAUUUGAAUGUAAAAAUAUACAUUCCGGAGUUUCUUCAUACAAAGACAAAAUUUUUGGAACGAUUAUACAAAAUAAUCAUUCGAUCUAUUUGCAAAGUAUGAACGAAAAGAUACAUACAUCGAUCAAGUAGAUUUUAUUAGAAUAGUGAUCAUUUUUGACACUUUUAAUCCUCUGUAAUCAGAAUUUCAUUUACUUACUAUCUAUUUACUCUAACUGAAAUCAAUCUAAUACCAACUAAUGACAACUAUAAAUAAUUUAUAUAUAAUCUUAAUAAUAUAUAAAUAAUUUAUGUACGUUUCUAAUGACAUAUUGAUGAAAUAUGAUCGGAUAACUUUCAAAUUAGGUGAUGUUACAGAGAGUUAAAGAAAUACGAAUGAACUUAUUACUCAACCCAACACGUUAAACGUUUCUCUACUCUAUAUUUCCCUUUUGCGAUUCGUGGAUCAUCGGCGACUUGCUUCUAUCGAUCCACAGCUAUUGAUGGUGUUCUUUUGAUCGAGGUCACUCGACAACGGGCAAUAAAAAAAGAAAAGAAAAGGUAGAGGGGCUCGAAGGAAAGUAUCACUGCCAAAAUCAAUUUCGACGAUAAGACUCGAAGCAAUCUUUUCACCUUUGCAAGUUGUAGCAACUUUUGAUAUACGACUUUACAAUAUCGUUAAGCACAACGAAACAUCGUUAAUUCAUCUCUGUUAGGAUAAACGAUAUUCUUUUUGAUAUUUUUUUAAUACCGUGAGAACAAUGAUUUUACACAGAUGACACACAGAGACGAUGUGAAUCAAUCUAAAAAGCGAUCAAUUGAAUCGGAGGACUCACAAUCAGACGAGGAGCCAACGUCCCUUUUUGUACAGAUGAGUCACGCUUUCACGAAGUCAUACGUAGGUAGGUCAGGGCAUAAUGGACGACAACUCGUGACAAUACACACUAGGAAUUCAAUGCCUUCUGAAAUGCCUUCCAAACGUGGUGUUCAACGUGCCGAAUUGUAUACAAUGGAGAACCAGACGGAGACCCGGUGAAGUCUCUCGUCUCUCUUGGUUCUCGCAUCGCGUGCGACCGUGCAAGAUUACCAUUUCUCCGAGCGAUUUCCGGCGUAACUUCCGAUGACAUUCCGCGACAGAUUCAUUCACCUUGCGACGAUGAAUUAAUCAGAAUUGCGCGACAGGCGUCGAAUAAUUUCGACAAAUUUUUCGAAUUUCUCGACCAAUUUAUAAAACCUGUUCAACUUUGUAUCCCCCCCCCCCCCACACUCCUCCUUUGAAGUUAAACUGCAAAUUGCAAAGAUUAUAGACGAAUGUCAUGGGAAAUCGCUGGUUGCGUUAGCACGCACCGUAUAAAAACCGUCUCACGUCUGCGUAGAGUUAGUACCUCGUACUCGGGUUUGCUAUUCUUUAGACCGCACGUUCGCGUGGAGUGGAGUAGAGUAAUCAUUGUCAUUGUUUCUUCAGGUGCAUUCAAGAGACUGAGCCAUGUACCGUUCGCUCAUGUUAACCGAAACCAUUUGAACUCUCUGCGAAGAUACGCCAACAUACUGUUUUCCAAAUACGAACUUCCUCCCUGCCAAUGGUACCAAACCCUGCGCGUGAAUUCAAUUUCCUGGAUAACAAUGGUUUAAAGCGGAGCUAUCCUUAACGAAGAGACCUUGUCGCAGUUUAUACGAUUGAUCUUCGCGGAGGAACAGAUCGUUUCUGAAAUCAUAUUAGUUCCUUUUCUUCUUGUGUGAGUGAAAGUGGCGCGCAAAGUCGUCGAAAGUUUCGUUCGAUGUGUGCACAUGUAAUCGCUUGUUCGAUGAAGGAAGAAAGGGAUGGGAAACGUCUUAACCCUUCGUCUUUCGCGAAUAAUAACGAUAUGUGAAAUAUAUUGUUCGAUUCCUUUUGUCGACAUUGUUGUCCAUGUGGCGUGCAUGCGUGCCGUGCCUGCGUGCACAUAGCGAAUAAUUGCGUGACAAUGCGAGCGUGUGAACGACACAGUAUAAUUAGCGUAUUAACGAGCAGUAACUUCGUUAUAAAUCCCAUGCUGUGUAUAAUCGCGGCCGAGCAAUGCGUAACGAGCCGGCGACAGUUGCAACAGCUUUUCCGUUUCAUCUCCGUUCGUUGCUAGUCGCGGAGUUCACGAGGAUCAAUUAAUCCCUCGUUCAGCGAUCGAGCUAGCUGGCUAAAUCGACGACGAUCGUCGUGCUCCGACUGUUGCCGGUCGUUGCGUCUCCUUGUAGAUAAACAUUCUCCCUUCAUUAUGUUAGUUGUAAUUAUAUAAUAAGCGUAUCGUAAGUUAUUCGUAUCCGUCGUGCGCGAUCAGCUGCGAGAUUUGUGACUAGCUACUUGUGGAGAAAUUGCUGUUUCGUUUCGGGAGAAAGCCGAUCGUUGGAACGGAUUUCGAUGUACAUUAAUUCAGAGAAUUCGUCGGAUAGUUAGGCUAAUCGGUAAACGAAGUGGAACAGCGUAGCCUUAAAACUAAUUUAUUCGAAGUAGUCGUAUAGUCGUAGGUACACGUAUACAUACAUACAUGCAUACACGUAAAACGUAUAAACGUACUACACGGUAGCUUGCCAGUAUAGAGAAUUAGAAUUAAGGUGGCGCGUGAAUCACGACGUGGGCACGAUGCUGAUCGCCGAAAGAGAAAAGGAGAAAGAACAGCUCUUGCGAUCGUUCCGGGAGAAAAUCCUCGCAACACGAUCGGCCAAGACGUUUAAGCGAUUAUCGAAGACCGCGUGCCUUCGCGUAAUUUACGUGCGUUCGCAGCGCGAGAAAACCAAUGUUGAAUUUAACAUCGUGGACGUUCCCAACCACGGUGAAACGCGCUUGAUAUGUAAACCGUGAUCAUUGGGAUAGAUUAGAAAGUCGUCGAUUCGAAAUUUUUAUGGAGGAUGCGUCGUUUGGAAUUGAACGAUUGAUAUUAACGGAGUUGAUCGAUACUCGGAUUCGACACUGGUUUCUCCCCCAUGGUAGAAAGUUUUCAUAAAUUUGGCCAAAAUAGUUCGUCACUUUUUGUAUCGUUAUUAUAUUUUCUAUCGUUGUAGAUCGAAGGAUCGAACGGGAAAUCGUUUUACGGAAACUGUUACAUCAAGAGGAAAUAUUGAUUCUUCGAACAUACGGAGGCUAUUAUAGAGUGACAAUAGUAUUAACUCGACGAGUGUACUAGAGAACGAGUUUGUGGCGAGCUCGUCUUGGUUCGAUUAACCAUAUAGAGAGAAUAACCGGAUUAUCAUGGUAGAGAAAUUUAUGAUUACAACAACGAUCCUGUAUUACGGGCGAUCGUACACCAUUCCUGUACAAUGUAUCGUAACAGUAUUUACUAUUGCACUAAUGGUAAUAAAUGAUAACUGUUAGUAUA